AUGACAGCUGGUAACUCAGAAACGCAGAAUCCUGAAAAACUAUCCAGCCUGGAGGAAUUGUGGCUCACGCAUCAUUGUCCCUGUCACCGUCACAAACGUCGGCGUCACAGACAUCGUUACCGACUACUAACAGCCAACCAAAUGAAUUGUGCUGCUGAUGAAUCUACAGGUGAUAACACUGAUGCACAUCAACCCCUUAAAAGUCAAGCCACUCGAACAUGUUUCACUUUUCAUCCGGAAGCAAAACGACUCCAAAAGCUUCAUGAACUAGAAGUUUCUGAUGCGCCAAAUGAGGAGGUGACUUUAAACGAGGAAACUUUUGCCCUAAGCUCUACUCCUUUGGGUUUUACCAGUACUGAGCAGACGUCUGGAUGUUCACGAGAUUUCGUCCAGUCGGACAAUGCUCUUUUCAACUCUUCGAAUCGGGUUGCCCAUAAACCACUUCUUGAGGCGCAUGGAAGCCAUGGCUCUAGCCAUAAAGUUUUGCCCAGCUUGCUGGUAUAUUAUUUACAUGACGAAGAAGCUAUCAGGCCUUACAGGAGUCAAAAGAAUAGCAGGGACUUGGAAACUUGCGCAAGAACAGAGGCUGAAUUUAAUGAUAAUGAAAAUUCUCGGUUACCGUCUCGACAAACGCCAAAUUGCGUCGAGAUGUUGCUCGAAAACGAAGAAGCAACAUGCGUUGGUCGCCUGGCAGAGAAGAUAAUUGCAUACAUUCUCUAUUGUACAACUUCAGCACUAGCACAUUUACAUGCCAUGGGGGUAAUUCAUCGUGAUGUCAAGGGCAGCAAUAUUCUUUUAACAAGAGAAGGCCAAGUAAAGUUGGUGGAUUUCGGUAAGCUGAUUACGGCUGUUUCUAUUCAUAAUCGUAAAUUAAAAUAA